AUGCAGCUGAGAAGCCACGCACCAAUUCAGCAGAUCCUGAUAUUGUCUCGCAAGUCAGCGACAUCUUCGUAUGAAGAUGACCCUCUUCUAGAGCUUUUAGGUACUCCAGAAGACCUGAGGCCAAACACAGACACACAGGACAACACCCGAAAUACAGCUUCCAAUACUAAUGCCGCAGCUCAGAAGGUUAGAAUUACAUGGCCCAAGACAAGUGACAGGAACCUGUGGAAACAGUUUGAUGAAGACCUCAACACCAUCCUGGAAACAACACUCCAAGGGCCAGUAGAGAAGAAACUGAAGUCUCUGACCAACCUUGUCCACUCUAUCGGCAAAGAACGAUUUGGUGAGGUGAAACGAAAACCCACCAGAACCCCUGCACAGCCAAAUAGAAGACAACGACAGAUCACAGAGAUUAGGAAAGAGCUGAAGUCACUGAGGAAAUCCUACCAAAAAGCAAAUAUAGAGGAAAGACCCGGACUUCUGCAGCUUAGAGAUGAACUCAGACAGAAACUGACCGAUCUUCGUAAGGCAGAACAACUCCGAGACAAGCGGAAGAAGCGAGCCAAGAGGCGAGCUGAGUUCAUAGCCAAUCCAUACAAGUUUUCCAAAGGACUCCUAGACAAAGAAAAAUCUGGGAAGCUUGAAAGCAGUAUGAAAGAGAUACAACAGCAUCUAAAGGACACACACUCCGAUCCAGCAAGAGAUAAUCCAUUAGGAAGCUGUCCAAGAAUUGAACCAGUCCCAGAACCCACAAUUCCACUAAACAUAAAAGAACCCACAAUGAAGGAAGUAUCUGAUGUAGUGAAGAAAGCAAGAAGCGGCUCCGCACCAGGACCAAACGGUAUACCCUAUAAAGUAUACAAGAUGUGCCCGAUGCUACUACGAAGACUAUGGACCCUACUUAAGGUGAUAUGGAGGAAAGGAAAAGUCCCAGAUUGUUGGCAACAGGCAGAGGGAAUAUUUACUCCAAAGGAAAAGGGCUCCAAACAUGUGACCGAAUUCCGAACCAUUUCACUGUUGAAUGUGGAGGGGAAAAUAUUCUUCGCUGUCCUGGCAAGACGAAUGACCACGUUCCUGACAACCAAUCAGUACAUUGACACAUCAGUACAGAAAGGGGGGGGGGGUCCGGGCUUCUCUGGCUGCAUUGAACACUCCAGUGCCAUCAGUCAGAUCAUCCGUGAAGCAAAGGUGAACGCCAAUGACCUCACAGUCGUCUGGUUAGACCUGGCCAACGCCUAUGGCUCCAUACCACACAAGCUUAUUGAAGAAGCAAUGAAGCACUAUCAUAUCCCAGAGCAUAUACAGGGUAUCAUAAAUGGCUACUUUGAUGGCAUACAGCUUCGAUUCUCAAUCGGUGACCAGACAACGCCAUGGCAGAGGUUAGAGAAGGGGAUAGUAACUGGCUGCACCAUCUCAGUGGUACUAUUCGUGAUGGGCAUGAACUUGAUCAUCAAUGCCGCGAAGAGGGAAACCAGAGGACCAAAAACAGCGUCAGGUAUACACCUCCCAUCCAGCAGGGGGUUCAUGGAUGACCUGACCAUCACUACCACCACACAUGUACAGGCCCGCUGGGUACUAACAGCCCUACAGGACACGGUCACAUGGGCACGAAUGAAGUUCAAACCCAAGAAGUCAAGGAGCCUGAUUAUCAAGAAGGGAAAGGUCACCAAAAGAUUCACUCUACAGGUGCAAGGGGAAGACAUUCCAUCCAUUAUUGACAGUCCAGUCAAGUGCCUCGGCAAGUGGUACGACGCCAGCCUGAAGGACACUAAUAACAUCACUAGAGUCAAAAACCAGCUCCAAGAUGGCCUGAAGCUUAUAGACCAGACAGGACUCCCGGGCAAGUUUAAGGCAUGGCUCUACCAACAUGGGUUACUACCUAGGCUUAUGUGGCCCCUUAUGCUGUACGAGAUAGCUACAACCACUGUAGAAGGAUUCGAGAGAGUGAUCAACCGGCAUCUCCGGAGAUGGCUUGGUGUCCCUCCUAGUUUCACCAGCAUUGGACUGUAUGGCAGAACCAACCAACUUCAACUCCCAAUGACCUCACUAGUUGAGGAGUUCAAGGUUGCCAAAGGAAGACUGGUGGUAACCCUCAAAGAGUCAUCAGAUGACAUGAUAUGGAAGGCAGGCAUCGAGACACGCACAGGGCGAAAGUGGUCAGCAAGCCAGGCAGUCGCCCAGGCAGAAAGCAGGCUACGACACAAAGACAUCGAAGGCACCACAGCUAUAGGAAGACAAGGCCUGGGCAGUUCAAAACCACAACGCUGGAGCACUGCCGGUAAGAAAGAAAGAAGCCAAAUGGUCCAGUAUGAGAUCAGGCUUUCAGAAGAGGAAGACAGGCGCGCCAGAGCAGUCGGGAUGGGCGGGCAGUGCGCAUGGACACAAUGGCAGACCACAGAAAGACACCUGACAUGGGUAGACAUUUGGCACUACGAACCACUACAACUCAAAUUCCUACUGAGAUCCGUAUAUGAUCUGCUGCCAUCUCCAGUCAAUCUACACAGAUGGGGGUUAGUGGAAGACCCAAAGUGUCAGCUGUGCAACAAACCAGGAACCAUGCAGCACACCCUCUCAUCUUGCCAGACAGCGCUAACACAAGGCCGCUACAGAUGGAGGCACGACACAGUCCUCAAGGAGCUAGCAGACAUACUAGAGCGGGAGAGAAGGAAGACAAGACCUACCAACAAGAAGGCAAUACCAACAAUCAAAUUCGUCAAGGAAGGACAAACUGCCAAGAAGGCAAGAACCGCAGCAACAUCUAUCCUUGAUGAAUCAGAGCGUUGGGAGAUGAAGGUCGACCUAGGAAAACAGCUGGUAUUCCCAGACAUAGUCCAUACCACACAGAGACCAGACAUAGUUAUAUGGUCUCCCAAGGACAAGAAACUGGUGAUGAUAGAACUCACUGUACCCUGGGAGACUAGGUGUGAUGAGGCCUACGAGCGGAAAAUGGGAAAGUACACUGAGCUAGAAGAACAGUGUAAAAGUCGCGGUUGGAGUGCCUGGCUGUUCCCCGUUGAAAUAGGUUGCAGAGGAUUUCCAGCCCAAUCAGUAUGGAGAAUGCUCAGCAACAUUGGGAUCAAGGGAGGUGACAGGAAGAGGGCUGUAGGCAGACUUGGACAAGCUGCAGAAAAAGCAUCCAACUGGCUGUGGAUGAUGCGAGAGGAGAAGAGCUGGACGCUAAACCACUGA